CCGGUGGGCCGCCCUUCCCCGCCCCAGCGGUCCCCAGCCCCCGUGCGGAGUGGAGGCGGUGGCGGCAGUCCUGUGACUCAUGCCUGCGUCGAAGCAGAUCAACUGGCGAUUCACGCUUUUAAAAAAGCAAAUCCGAGCACUUCUGGGAAAAAAGGUCAUCUCGCAUUAAAUUCCGCGGCGCGAUUGAUAUUCCGACGUCGUUUCUGGCAGAGUUUAUAAGCGGCGGGUCGCUCCCAGGCUAGAGUCGUCCUGCCAACCUGGACUACGGCAAUAAGAGUGUGCGCUCGCCUCCUCGCAAAUUCCUUGCUGCCCACCCCUCAGAGGAAUAUCGAGGAAAUACGAGCUCCGAGGACCGGGGCUUUUCUGAAGGGAUGGCUUCCUCUGCUCCCUCGUCCUCCAACGAUGCUCCGGACCCCACCCCACCUAAUCUGCGACCUACAACUUACGACUCAUGGUGCGGCGUGGCUCACGGGUGCACCAGGAAGAUCGGGCUGAAGAUAUGCGGGUUCCUGCAAAGGACCAACAGCCUGGAAGACAAGGGCCGGAUUGUCAGCUCUCUGAAGGAAAGGCAGUCCUCCAAGAGCCUGCUGGCGUGCGAGAACAGUGAGAAGGAAUCCAGGUUCCGGCGCACCGAGACAGACUUUUCCAAUCUGUAUGCCAGAGAUUUGUUGCCCUCCAAGAAUGGUGAGGAGCAGACCAUGCAGUUUCUGCUGGAGGUUGUGGACAUCCUUCUCAACUACGUGAAGAAGACUUUUGACAGAUCCACCAAAGUGCUGGACUUCCACCACCCACACCAGCUCCUGGAGGGUAUGGAGGGUUUCAACCUGGAGCUUUCAGACAACCCUGAAUCCCUGGAGCAGAUUCUGGUGGAUUGUCGGGACACACUGAAAUACGGAGUGAGAACAGGUCAUCCUCGCUUUUUCAAUCAGCUGUCCACAGGACUGGACAUUAUUGGCUUGGCUGGGGAAUGGCUGACAUCUACUGCUAAUACAAACAUGUUUACCUAUGAAAUUGCUCCUGUUUUUGUCCUCAUGGAACAAAUAACACUUCGAAAGAUGAGGGAGAUUAUUGGAUGGUCAAACAAAGAUGGUGAUGGAAUAUUCUCACCUGGAGGAGCGAUCUCCAACAUGUACAGCAUAAUGGCUGCACGCUACAAGUAUUUCCCUGAAGUUAAAACCAAAGGCAUGGCUGCAGUCCCUAAAUUGGUUCUCUUUACCUCAGAGCAUAGUCACUACUCAAUAAAGAAAGCUGGAGCUGCACUUGGAUUUGGAACAGACAAUGUUAUUUUGAUAAAAUGCAAUGAAAGAGGCAAAAUAAUACCAGCUGAUUUGGAGGCAAAAAUUCUGGAAGCAAAAGAAAAGGGAUACGUUCCUCUUUUUGUAAAUGCAACUGCAGGCACAACAGUAUAUGGAGCCUUUGAUCCAAUACAGGAGAUUGCAGAUAUAUGUGAAAAAUACAACCUCUGGCUCCAUGUAGAUGCUGCCUGGGGGGGUGGACUUUUAAUGUCCCGAAAGCACCGUCAUAAAUUGAAUGGAAUAGAAAGAGCCAACUCAGUCACUUGGAAUCCACACAAGAUGAUGGGAGUGUUGUUACAAUGUUCUGCCAUUCUUGUCCGGGAGAAGGGUAUCCUUCAAGGCUGCAAUCAAAUGUGUGCAGGCUAUCUCUUCCAGCCAGACAAACAGUAUGAUGUCUCCUAUGACACUGGAGAUAAGGCAAUACAGUGUGGUCGACAUGUAGACAUUUUCAAAUUCUGGUUGAUGUGGAAAGCAAAGGGUACAGUAGGAUUUGAAAAUCAGAUCAAUAAAUGCCUGGAGCUGGCAGAAUAUCUCUACACUAAAAUCAAAAACAGAGAAGAAUUUGAGAUGGUUUUUGAAGGGGAGCCAGAGCAUACAAAUGUAUGUUUUUGGUACAUUCCUCCAAGUCUCAGGGGCAUGCCAGACUCUGAUGAGAGAAGAGAAAAGUUACACAGGGUGGCACCGAAAAUCAAGGCAUUGAUGAUGGAGUCAGGUACCACCAUGGUUGGAUAUCAGCCUCAGGGCGAUAAAGUCAACUUCUUCCGAAUGGUCAUCUCAAACCCAGCAGCAACUAAGUCUGACAUUGACUUCCUCAUUGAGGAAAUCGAGAGACUGGGGCAGGAGCUGUAGUGGUUGAAUUAUUUAUUUAUUGAAUUAAUUAUUUUCCAGCACUGGCUAUUUUUUAAACCCAGUUCUGCAGAACAUGUUUAAAGGAAAUUCUCUCUCUGUAAGUUCCAAUCUCCUAAGACAUCCUUAAACAAAACAACUAUAGACUACUGAAAUAUAUAUGUAUUGGUAAAUCAUAUUAUUGAGGGAAAAUGUAUUAUCUUGAAGUUGAAGUACUAUUGACUCUUACAUUGGUCUUGUUUAUUGUAGACAGCAGAAAAUUAAUAGGUAUUAAAAUAGCAAAUUAAGAACUCUGCACAGUAUAUAUGUACAGUAUAAAUAAAUAUAUAUAAUUAUAUAUAUACAUACAUACAUAUAUAUAUAUAUAUAUAAAGUGGUUAUAAACUUAGAUCAAAGCCACAGCAUGUUUUCCACUUUAAGAAAAUUAAGUUUUCCUUCAACAACUUUGAUGUGGAUAAUGUGCUACAAGUUUUUCUGCCAGACAGAAAUAGACAUAUAGAAACAUUUCUAAAAUGUAGAUUCUUAGGAGCUAAAGAAAAUGUAUAACAGUAUUCUAUCUUAUUGUUGGUGCUUUUCUCACAUACAAAACAGCAAUCUCUAAGAGCACCUUUGAGUAAAAUAGUUGUAUUAGCCCUUUAGUGUCAAAUCAGGGGAUGACAGUAGCAGAGUCAUUGUAACAGGUAUAUUGCUGUAUUUUUAGAGGUUAAUUUGUGUAGAUUGUGUAUAUUAUUGUUAAAUUUCUUUGUGUAAAAGGAUUUAAAUGUAAUAGUUUUACAGCAAGAUAACUGUUUAAUUGUAGGUAUCUGAAAUAUUUGCUUAUUUAUAUGCAGAGAUUUACCAUGCUGAAGAGUUGUCUUGUAUUUUCUUCUGUUUGUAAUGUAACCUAUUUAUAUAUUAUUGAAGCUCUAAAUAAUGUUUAUGGUAUUUUAGUGUCUUUGUGAGCCAAAGAAAAAAUACAAAAAUAUUAGUUGGCACUUUUGUUUAAAUCCUAGUGCCCUUAAAGUAAUAACUUACAGAUAAUUUUCCUGAAGAUAAGGAAUUCUGACACUGUGUAUAGACUAUCAAAUUAUGGGAUCCCUUUAAUCUAUUAGAAUUAUUAGAAAUUUCAGUUUUAUUUAUUGUAAUGUCAGACUGUUCAGUGUUCUGAAUGCUUUUGUAGUGAGUAUUGAUUGCUAACCAAGGCCCCUGUUUUUGAGUUUUAUUUCAGAACUGGCCUCUGGCCAUUUUAACUAAAUUCUGUGGGAGUUUUAACCAGCAUCAUUCUUUUAGUGAAAUGGAAUUCACUAUCUAUUUGGAGUUUAUAAAAUAAAUAAAACCAAAAGUAAACUUAGUAUCUUUUAAUACAGCUAGCUUGUCCCAAUAAUUUCAACUGGUUAGUCUUUUCAAAGUAUAGACACCAGAUUCAUCUGCAGCUUGAUCAAUCUUAAUCAUUAGAUAAUCAGUAUUACUGAAUGGAAAAGUCCAUACUGGAAACAGAAUAGUGGAACAAAAUGGAGAUUCAAUAAUCCUCUGUUCACUGAGUUAGUGUCAUGGUGAUAAAUGGAAUAUGCUAAUUUCAAGUGUUUUCAUAUGUGAUUCUUUGCAAAGCAGUCAUUAAUUGCUUUUUCCCCCUCCACUUCCAUAAUAAAACUGAAUUAUUUUAGAAACUUUCAGUGAAAUACAGUCAUGCCACGCAGUUUUUGCAGCCUCUCUGGCCCCUGUCAGUCCUGUGGAAGGACACCUAGAGACAAGAGAGAUUUCCAUCCUGCAGGUCCCACUGGCUGUCUUUUGAGGAUAGUGUCUCAUAUUUGUGGCUGUGUUAGCACAGAGAGAAGGAAGCAGCUUUUAUGGUAAAUGCUGUAUCCUACAGCACAUCCUUUCCAGCUUUUCCUAGGACUCUUGCUUAUUCCUCUUUCAUAACCUUCUGUAAAAUCUUCAAAUGGAGUUGAACCUAAAAAUUAUAGUAAAUUUGUCGCUGACCUUUAGAUUUCUGAGUAUGACUUUCUAAAUAGAUCUGUAUUGUUACUUCAUAUCAUUAAACCCCCUAGUAAUCUUAUCAAUAGAGUAUUUCUUUAAUUAGAUUUUUUUUCAAGACAGUGUAGUUGGUUUCUUGCCUUCUUGAUCUUAAACCUCAAUCUUACUCAAUCAUAAGCCUACUGUAUUACUGUGUGUUCAAUACUUGACAUUUCCUGAUGUAAACAUCCAUGCUGAGGCCUGCAGUACAGAUGUAGUUGGCAUAAACAUUGACUUAAGUUCUAACUUCCAUAAUAUUGAAUACCAUUCUUUAUAGAUACCAGCUAUUCAUCAAAACUAGAAGACCUCUCGUUGAGAGCAGUUCUUAGAGUACACAAAGAAGUUUGUUUUGAAGAAUCACGUCACAUUUUUAUUUUAGACUUCUGUCUGAAAUCUGGUUUCAGUUUUACUUUAUUCAAAGGGGAGCUACAGAAGAUUGAAAAAAUUCUUUCAGUCCUUCUUGUUUAUGAGAAACAAUAUGAACUAAUAUAAUUAAUCCGAGGAUGUAUAACUGGUGACUUAGCUUCACUAGAGGAUUUUAUGUCUUCCACACAAACACCAUGGGUCUUAUGAUUUGCACCAGUUCCUAGGUGAUUUCCUCCACCUCCCUUGUCAAUAACUGUAUUACUAAAGCUCUAACUUCCCCUCAGUCCUCUAAACUUAAUAUUUUAACCUCAUGAUCUGUAUCCAGAUCACCAUUUUAAUACUCUAAUAAUAGUUUAAUGUAUCUGAGAUGUUAAUUCUCCUUGAAGCAUAUAAUGAGGUGAAGAGAACCAUCUUCAUCCUGAUCAUGAAGCUGUAGGCAGGACCAUAAUGCAGCUGACUGGCAUUCAUACAGCAAGCUCCUGUUCUGCGACGUAGUCAGAGACAGAUCUAAAACUCCUCAAAGCAUAUAUAAUAUUUUGCUCACUACAAUUUCUGCUUCUUCCUUUAAUGGAGUAUCUUGUUUUUUGAAGGUCAAAGUAUCAAAAGUUCUUCCUAUUGCCUUUGAUGGUUUGCAGCUAAGUGGGAAUAAUGGAGCUCCUCCUGCUUGUUUUGGAAGCAAGACAGUCAAUGCAUAGGUGUUGUCUCUAAAGAUACCCUCUGCAUUUAUCUUGAUUUUCUGCAGUAUUGUGUCUUGACACAGAUGACCACAAUUAGAUUUUUGCCAAGAUUUUGAUACUAAUACCAGAUUCUGGGGUGUUUUCCUAUUACAUAUACAUUAUCCUGUGUUCAGCAGGCACCGUGCUCGUAUUAAUUUCUGACUUGAUUAACUGAUUUUAACAGAGCAGCUAUAGUCAUUAGUGAGAAAAUUAAUCUUUUUUCUUAUUAGGUCGUUUCCAUCUGAGUAAUAUGCCACAGCUUCUCAGACUAAUGCUAACCUGGAACUUUCCUUCUUUAAAUCCAUAUACUAUUGACUGUGAGAGAUUAGGAUGUAUGGAUAUACAGGAGUAUUGACUAAUGUAUACCAUUUUAAUUCCAGGUGAGCAAGUUUGUUUUUCUGAGGUUUAAAAUACACUCUGAGGUAGCAAUUUUGCCUUUAAAAUCACAGGGAAAACCACUGUAACUUUGCAUGAGUGAAUUCAGAUCAAUUAAACAAUAGGCAAGAUCUUAGCUGAACAGGUAGCUGCAGUGCUUAUGAACUGAUAUAAUUUAUUUGGAAAAGACUGACCAGUGGGUAAAAAUUAAGAGCAGCUGGUCAUUUUGAAUGAGAAAAAUUGUGAUUGUGUCAUUAAAGGUAAUUUUUAGAGAAGAUAGAUUAUCCCAUUCAUGGCAGACAGCCAGAAGCAGGGGCCUUGGGAAUAAUCCAGAAUUUUAAAAUCAUCAUGGAGUUAGCUCAUAAUCUGUUUUUUGAAUGGUGAAAACAUGAAGAGAUUUUUUAAACAGAAUCUCUCUUUUGUGGUUUAAGAAAUGUUGAAGUUAUAAAGAAGUUAUGCAAUGCAGUUUUAAUUUUUCAAUAAAAGUUUAUCUUAAAAAUUGCUAAUUUUUCUCAGA